UACGAAACGUUUACGUUACGCACAAUUAAAGGCUCUUUCUCUCUCUCUCAUUUCUCUUUCAUCCUCAAAUUCAAUACAGAAUUAGGCGUUAAUUAACGUAGAGAUGAGAGUAAUUUUGACAGUUCUCUGUUUCCUGAGCUAUUACUUCUGCUGCUGCUUUCCUGCAGCAGUAGCUGUAAAAUCGGCGCAAUACCAUUCUCAUUCUCAUUCUCAUUCCCGACCCCAUUCCUAUCUAAAGGCUGUAAAUGUAUGGCCAAAACCGAUCAAAUUACAGUGGCCACAACCAAAAGUCACCUCCCUUUCCGCCGAUUUCACCAUCAAAGGUCCUCGAAACCACCAGCACCUGGUAGCAGCAAUGGACCGAUACCUUGGCGUAAUCCGAUCAGAGCACCACAUGCCUCUGGUAAAUCCAGACGUAACAAUCUCAAACUCCAAUCCUUUAGAGGUACUACUUAUCAAAGUAGAUGAUCUCACAGCUAUCCUACAACACGGGGUAGAUGAGUCAUACAAUCUAACAAUCCAUGACGUCACAUCCAAAGCUGUUCUUUCUGCGAAAACAGCAUGGGGAGCCAUGAGAGGCCUUGAGACCUUCUCCCAGCUAGUGUGGGUAGGAGGAGGAAGAGAACAACUAUUAAUACCAGUGGGUUUGGAUAUUUGGGAUUCGCCUAUGUUCGCGCACCGUGGGUUGAUGUUAGACACCUCUAGGAAUUACUACGGAGUGGAGGAUAUUCUCAGAACUAUUUCAGCAAUGAGUUGGAAUAAGCUCAAUGUUUUCCAUUGGCAUAUCACUGACUCUCAUUCAUUUCCUCUGCUUUUGCCUUCUGAUCCUAAUCUUGCUGUUCGAGGUUCUUAUGGCCCCUUUAUGCAGUAUACUCCUGCCGAUGUUGUCAGAAUCGUCCGUUUUGGGUUGGAUCAUGGUGUACGGGUUAUUCCAGAGAUCGAUUCUCCAGCACAUACAGGGUCAUGGGCAGGAGCACACCCGGAGAUAGUAACAUGCGCAGGGAUGUUCUGGUGGCCAGCAGAAUCAGAGUGGGCAAACAGGCUUGCUUCCGAACCCGGAAGUGGUCAGCUCAACCCACUCCACCCCAAAACUUACCAAGUCAUGAAAAAGCUCAUCAAGGACUUGGUCUCCCUGUUCCCUGACCCUUUCUAUCACAGCGGCGGGGAUGAGGUUAUCCCCGGAUGUUGGACUACGGACCCCGACAUCCAAACCUUCUUAGCGAACUACAACAGCACUCACAAUGAGACUACUACGAAUGGGCUCUCUCGCCUGCUAGAAAUAUUUGUCAACUCCACCCUCCCAUACAUCACUUCCUACAACAAGACCUCUAUUUACUGGGAAGAUGUUCUUCUAGAUUCCACCAUCAGGGUGGAAGACUCGUCAGUUCUGCCACCGGAACACACCAUAUUACAAACCUGGAAUGGUGGACCUUUAAACACAAAACGCAUUGUUUCCUCUGGUUACAGGGUCAUCGUUUCCUCUUCUGAUUACUACUAUCUUGAUUGUGGCCAUGGCAGCUUCCCGGGCAAUGACAGCCAGUAUAAUCAGCCACCAGGGACUGACCAGGGGAAUGGUGGAUCGUGGUGCGGUCCUUUUAAAACGUGGCAGCUCAUCUACAACUAUGAUAUUACUUAUGGCCUGACUGAAAAGGAGAAGAGAUUGGUUUUAGGUGGGGAGGUAGCACUUUGGUCUGAACAAGCUGACUCAACUGUCCUUGACUCCAGAUUGUGGCCUCGAGCUUCUGCAUUGGCUGAGUCUCUCUGGUCAGGAAACCGGGAUGACAGCGGCAAGAAGAGGUAUGCAGAAGCCACAGACAGGUUGAAUGAGUGGAGGUAUAGAAUGGUGAGCAGAGGGGUUAGGGCUGAACCCAUUCAACCCCUUUGGUGUGUUAGGAAUCCUGGCAUGUGCAAUACUCUUCAUGCCAGUGGUUAACAUUAUCAGGAUUUUUAGAGAUUGUAGUUUGUACCUUGAAUAUUCCAAGCAACUAAAAUUUCUUAGGAAAAGCAAUAUUUAACAUGCACAACUAAACACUGAGUUCUGCAUCACAAAAUGUAAUCAUUCAAUAGAACAGGAUUUCAAAAGAGAUCAUCACAAAUUGUUGUUCAA